AUGGCAGGAAGCAAGGUUUUAUUGGCGCCACUCAUUGCAGUGAUUAUAGCAGUGAUUGCUGGCUAUAUCAAUCUCGGAAGCAUAUACCGGACCUUGCGCAUCACUGGUGUUUUGAGGGCAGAGAAAUGCACCAUCGCGGACGAGGGGCUACAAGCCAUCCGAAUACCAGACACGCCUCAUUGCGAGGAUCUCCACCAUCAUCUAGCCAGUGGUUUACUUUUUACAGCCUGCGAGGCUUCAUGGGAAGCUAGACACUCUUGGUUUCCACCACUUGCCAUCCUGGAAGAUGCGAGCAAGGCCGCACAAACUCCAGGAGCCAUUACGGUUAUAGAUCCGCAGUCUGUUUGUCAGAGAAUGAAAGCAAAGCGUCUUCGAUUUGAAGGAUUCUCUGGACCAUUCGUUACACACGGCAUCGACAUCAUCGACGACCCUCAGGCAAAACUUGGCGAGGCCGUCUUUGUCUUUGCCGUCAACCAUCGACCGAAUCAAGCCCAAGAUUCGCUGGCGCCCAAAGCGGAUUCGGUGAUUGAGCUGUUUCACCAUACGAUCGGAGCCGACUUUGUACGGCAUAUACGCACCGUUAAACAUGACUUGAUACAUACACCAAACGACAUUCUGGCAUUGUCUACCACGUCUUUCCUCGUCACAAACGACCACUUCUACCGCGACGGUCUGAUGCGAGUGGUGGAAGAUUUGUAUUCUGGCGCCACGUGGUCAAAUACCAUUCACGUGGAAUUCCAAAUCGAUACAAACGAACAAAAUGAGACAGCCAAGGUCCAGGCGAAUGUGGCUCUCACCGGGCUGCACAACAAUAAUGGCCUUGGUCGUGGCAGGACACCCGACGAGGUUGUCCUCGCCAGUGCUGUGAGCGGCGAGGUCUACUUUGGCGAGCUCAAGACCACUGCCGGCCAAGUCACUGUUGACGUUGUUGACACAUUUCAAGCGGAUUCAACAUUGGAUAACCCAACCUACUUUGUAGACCCGUAUGCCAACGACACCUACGAUGCCAGCGGCUUCGUUCUUGCGGGUCUCUCCAAGGCUAUAAACCUCGCUCACAAUAGCUGGCUUGCCGAUGCCAGAGAUGGAGUAAUGAUAUGGCACCUGCAGGACCGGUCCUCACCCAAGUCCAAACGAGGAAAAACGAGUUGGAAAGCACGGCUCUUGCUCCAAGACAAUGCGGAUUAUAUUAGAACCGCGAGCGCCGCAGUCCUUGUUGCAACAGACCCGGCGCAAAACAACGGUCGGCGAGAGGCUUGGCUCUUUGUCACUGGCUUCAUGUCCAGAAACAUGCUCGCUGUCAAGAUCGGGCUGUAG